AUGUUAAGGAGGUGCUUUGGGAGACCACUCAGGAGGUCACUAGUCAGAUACUAUGCUGAACCCGCAACGCAAAACACGUCUUCAAAUGCUAAUCUCGAACACACAUUAUCCCAUAAAGAAUUACGAGAACAAGCAAUUGCCGAAGCUUUAGCCAGAGAAGAAGAAGCGAUUCAAAAAUCAAAGGAGAUUCGUGAAUUAACUGAAAAAUCCAAAGAACUCAUUAGUGUAUUAAACAAGACCCCAACUACUUUAAUGAAUGAACGCAUUGCGAAAUUGAAUCAAGAUAUUUCCAAGAUUCCAAAAGAUAAAAUCAAACAACUUGAUGAGGAGUUGCGAGAGUAUAUGACCAACAAUAUGCAUUUAACUGAUGAUAUUAUUCAAAAUAGACCAUGGUCUCAAAGGAGUAUCAAAAGUGGAGGACACAGAAGUGCCAAAGACUCUGACGCAAAGGCAUCAUCAAUGACCAAUCAAUAUACUUCACAAUUCCCCAAUUUAAAACCUACCCCUGAUUACAAAGAUUAUUCCGAACAAGAACUUUAUUUAAGACAACUUAAUCAUCUUAGAACUAGUGGUGCAUUAGGUUCAAAACUUGAAAAUAUAUACAAGCCGCAAAGAGAUACAACAAAUCCACCAAGUAUUACUCAAACCACAAUUUCAAACUUGAUGGCUGCUGGUUGUCAUCUUGGUCAUGCCACAUCUUCGUUCAGAUCUAAUUUUCAACCAUUCAUAUAUGGAACUUAUAAUGGGAUUCAUUUAAUUGAUUUAAAUCAAACUAUUGCCCAAUUGCAAACUGCGUGUAAAGUGAUUGAAGGAGUUAGCGAAAAAGGUGGAGUUAUACUAUUUGUAGGCACACAUAAAAACUGGUCAAUUCAAGAAUCAUUGGUUGCGGCAGCAGAUAGGUCUAAGGGAUAUUAUGUGUCUAAAAGAUGGAUACCUGGUACUAUUACCAACUACAUUGAAGUUUCCAAACAAAUAAAAGACCCAUCAAUGAAGCAACAAAUUGAUAUGGAGAAUAAACCAGUCGAUGCAGCAAUAACUUCAAACUCAAUAAUUAAACCCGAUUUAGUCAUUUUGUUGAAUCCAGUGGAGAAUAGAAACUGUAUCAAGGAAUGUUUAUCAGCUUGUAUUCCAACUAUUGCCCUCUGUGAUACUGAUAUGGAACCAAGCUUAAUCACAUAUCCAAUUCCAUGUAAUGACGAGAAUGUCAGAUCUGUCAAUUUGAUGCUUGGAAUAAUGUCAAAGGCAGCUGAAGCGGGAGUCAAGAGAAGAUUGGAUAUUAUUAAACAAUUGAAAGAGAUUGAAAGACAAGCUUCUAAGCAACAAUUAGAAGAGGCCCAACAAGAUCCUUUUCAAGAAGGUGCCGUCUUGUAA